AUGUCCUCUCAGCAAGCUGUGGCAGACGAAGAAAGGAAAGAUGUUCUGGCAAUUUUGGAGGGAAAAGCCCAGGCUCAGGCUCAGGCCCAGGCCCAGGCAGCUCGCGCCAGAGGUUCUGCGAGCUCCUUGAGCCCCGGCAGGGAGCCCUCGCCCAAGUUGACCCCUCGAUCGCCCGUACGAAGCAUGUUAGAUAUUGCAGAAGAUUCCACCAUUCGCCACGGAUCCAUCGCAGGGACAAAUGGGGGAAUAACAAGGCCAACAGCCCCUCGACAUGUUAUUCGAAGUAUGCUGGAUAUUGAUGCCCCGGCACCUCCUGCUGCCAUAUCAAUGAGUGCCCACACAUCACCUACAAGUGCAAACCACAGGUCAUAUGUUUCAAAUGGGUCACAACACAGAAGCUUGUCUGAUGCUGCUGCUGCUUCCCGGCCGGCCGAUUUUGGCCCCAGAUCCAAUGUGUUGGAGACGAAGACGACAAAUCCUAGCACCGCUUAUCAGUUUGCGGGAAUUUUACCUUCGAAUCCUGGGGGUCCUGUGGUACCAAAAAGGAAUACACAAGCGGGCAAGAAAAACUCUUUGCCAAGUGCCAUGUCAGAGGUCGUGAGAGGGGGGGACAUAGGUUUGUUUGGAUCACGCGAUCGUGGCCGGAACCAUUCAAUUGCUGGUACCGGAAUCAGUACAGCGAAAUCACGGUCCCCACAUGGAUUGCGGUCUGGUUCUCCGCAUACGUCUGCUGCAGGCAAUGAUUCUUCAAAUAUUCACCUGCUUGAAAAUGGCGAGACUAUGGAUAUGAACCUUGCGUAUCGAAGGCUAUCAGAUGCCAAUUUAGCUCUUUCAGGAGGUGCUCUGUCGUCUUUAGCUGGAAAAUCACGCUCGAGAAACAACAGUGACGCUAACAAUGCUGGUAACAAUCGGCUUCAAAAGGACUAUUUACCCAUUGAUGGUGAAGAGGCUCUUGCCGAUAGUAGUGAUGAUGACGCUACUUCUUCUGAUGAAAAUCGUCGUGGGAGGAAAGGCUUGGAGAAAGCUCGUGGUAGCGAUACCGAGAAUAAGAACACAACACUCGGAAUGGGUCGAGCAAAAGGCCCGAAGCCGGCACCGAAAAGUCAGAUGGCAGCUGCUGAAGAAGAGCGAGAGGCUGUCGCCGCUAAUUAUAAAGUUCGAUCUUUACUCGAGCCCGAAAUUACCGUUACAGCGCCAAGUGGCGCGAAGCUAAAAUCAAACAAGCAUGGGAUUCAUCCCAAUACCAGCUUUGAUGCAGGAGGAACUGGGCUUAAUACACCAGUAGACUCUGAUACCGAGGCCGACCUGACUGAUAUCAAGCGUGCUCAGAAGCUAGCUGUAAACAUGACCCCAAUUGUGUCCACUCCUCAAACUUCACGAUGUGUUCUUACACUCUACCGUGGUGAUUUUGCGAAAAUGCAACAAGAGGCGCAUGACAAUCAACGACGGGUUAGGAAAUAUCUUGUGGCAACAGAUCUUAGCGAUGAGGCAGCCCAUGCCCUGGAAUGGACAAUUGGAACUGUGCUUCGCGAUGGUGAUACGUUACUGGCGAUUUAUUGUGUUGAUGAAGAGCUGGGAGUCGACGGUGGAGCAGAUGAAGCGCAUCUCAGAGAACAAGCAAUUGCGGUCGCUAACUCGACGAGGUCGUCACAAGGUACGCCAUUGCUAGGGCCGGUUCCUGCCCCUAGUCCUCUAGGUCUAGGAUUCAGACUAGAUAUUGAUAGUACGUCGGCAAGCCCCAUGGGCCGGAAACGGGAUAAGGCAGAGCAUGAUCGCUAUAGAGCAGUACAAGAUAUAACAGAUCGCGUCUCAAAGCUGCUUAGAAAGACUAAACUACAGGUCAAAGUGGUGGUUGAGGUGAUUCAUUGUAAGAGCCCGAAGCAUUUGAUUACGGAAGUGAUCGACUACAUUUCGCCAACCUUGGUAAUUCUUGGGAGUCGAGGGCGAAGCGCGCUCAAAGGUGUCAUACUAGGUUCUUUCUCGAAUUACCUCGUGACCAAGUCGUCUGUACCUGUCAUGGUUGCGAGGAAACGACUUCGCAAACAGUCUAAAUACAAACGACCCGCUAUCCGACUCGCGAACAAUCUCGAUGCUCCUAAAGCCAAAAUUGGUCUAGAGAGCGCGAGAAUCGAUUAG